CAAACCAACAGCGCUCACCUGUUCACCGCGAUGAAGCUGAUCUUUUCUCUGACUUUCAUCUUGGCGCUCUCCAUCACAGCUGAAGCCCUCCAGUGUUACGUCUGCACAAAUCAAGAGUGUUCAAGCACAGCACCAAAGACAUGUGGCUCAGAGACGAUGUGUAUAACAGCUUCCAUUAGAGCCACUUCAUUUGGAACAUCAGGAACACAAAUCUACAAGGACUGUGCACUGUCCUCCUUUUGUCCAACCACAGGCAAUCAGACAUUUUCAGUCAACUUGGGUGUGUCAAGCGCUCUUGCAUCUGCUCAGUGCUGCGACACAGAUGACUGCAACUCUCAAACUCUACCUUUCCCUGAUCCUGAGCUUCCGAACGGCCUGAGAUGUUAUGUUUGUGACCCCACCACAUCUCAGUGCACGUCUGAUAUACCAUGUUCAGGAGAGGAGAGCAGCUGCUUCCAAGCAACUGCCUGCACCAACAUCUACAGUUACCACACCAACCACUACUACAACUACCAGACCAAUCACUACUACAACUACAACAAUUGCAACUACAUCAACACAAUCAGCCACCACUUCGUCAAACACCACCACUGCUUCUCCAAUGAUUCCUGCAACUGGUGCUGCUCUUACCACAACAAAUCCAGCACCACCUACUAUUCUUCCUUCACAAACCACAAACAACUCUCCACAGCCUGCACCAACAUCUACAGUUACCACACCAACCACUACUACAACUACCAGACCAAUCACUACUACAACUACAACAAUUGCAACUACAUCAACACAAUCAGCCACCACUUCGUCAAACACCAGUGA